UAUAAUGUGUGUUUUAAAUAAAAUAAAAUAAAAUAAUAUGAAGAUAUAACAUUUUUUUGUUUCCCGCCAUUAGCGGUUGGACUUUUCCCGCUAAAAAGAAGAAUGUAUAUUUCUAAUUUAGCUACAUUCUCUUGUACGACGAAUCAUCUCUCUUUUCUCCGGCAAACGUCUCAGCCCUGUGUGACAGCUUCUUGCUCCUGCUCCCGCUAUUGUCUGAAUCGGUUAGUAGAUCCAAAGAGAAGCAAGUUAUUAGAUUCUUUGAUGGAUAUCACCAUCAUGAACGAAGCUUCAGAGACUUCCACUACAGCUCAAUCAAGUGACCGUUCGAUGGUUUGGACUAUAUGUCCGUUUUGUAGCGUCAGGUACAAAUCCUACAUUAGCCUUCUCAACAAACCCACACGAUGUCAUUCUUGCUACUUGAAGUUCUUUGCUAGCGAAUCUGUUUUUAAAGGCAUUCCAACAAAGGAUAAAGCAACCCAGACAAGCUUGUCUACCACGGAGAAAAGUGUGUCGAGUCAAAAUCAUAUUACUAGGAGCAGUUUGGUUGCACCAACACCGAAGAGCCAGGCACCAACACCGAAAGUCAUGCACCAACACCGAAGAGCCACCAGGUUCAGCCUAAGACUGCACCAUCUAGUCUCAGUCCAAGAUUUUGUGCUAUGUGUCCAUUUUGUAAGUUCAAGUAUCGUUUCCCGAUCAAAUGGACCAACAAAUGGUUCGUUUGUAAGUGCAAGAAGAAGUUCAAAACGGUUGAAGUGAGUUCAUCAUCGCUCCAACCGAAGAAGACAGCCACGAGUAAGAAUCAAGGCACGCAUUUCUCUGGGAAGGCAAGCUCUCCUGGUUUGAGCUGUGCUGUGAAGGUUGGUGAGAAGAGACAGAGGAACGAGUGUGGGGAAAGUUACAAUGCUGGAAACCACAGUGCUCUACACAAGAACAAAAGAGUUACCAUUGAUAGUGGAGGUGCAAGAGAAGAUUCUGAAAGCGUAAAGCAAGUCCAUGUGGUUGAUCUUUCUACUACUGAAGACCCAAUUUCAAAUGCCAUAAACCUGAAUCAGAAGAUGGAUAGGAAUCAAGAUGCUCAAGUGGGAACAGUAGUGGAGAACUCUGAAGAUGUUGUUGACAAUAACAGAAGAGGAUUCAAUGAUAAUGGAGAUGCAGGAAGGCAAGAAGAGUCAGGAUGGGGGAAGCUACUCCAUCAAGUUAACUGUUCUGAAGUAGCAUUGCCAGAUAUAAUAGGGAACUCAGGGAAUCUUGAGGUGGAUAAACACUCUGAAGAUGUUCUUGACAAGGCUGUAGAUAAUAACAGAAGAGGAUUCAAUGAUGAUGGAGAUGCAGCAGGAAGGCUAGAAGCGUCAGAAUGGGGGAAGCAACUAUGUGAGGCUGAUCGUCCUGAAGUAACAACAUUGCCUAAUGUCAUCAGCAACAAUCAAAAGUUGAAUGAAAAGAACAAAACCCCUGGUUUAUGUGAUUCAGGUUCAGGAGAUGUUGUACCAGUACAACCAAAGAUGUCUGAGUGUGCUGGUCUGAAGUUCAACGACUUUAAUAAACGGAGGGAAGAUGCAAAAUUUUCAGAAUGCCAGGCGUGGGCUCUCUAUGACAAAGCAGAUGGGAUGCCUAGACAUUACGCUCUAAUCAGAAAAGUUUCAUCUCCUUCCUUUGGCCUUAGGAUCACAUACUUAGAACCAGAUCCAGUUGACGAGAAAGAGAUCCAGUGGUUUGAAGAAGACCUGCCUGUUUCCGUUGGUAACUUCAGGUUUGGUAAAAACCAGAACACCAAAGACCGUUCCCUAUUCUCACAUCCCAUUCGUUGCCAAGGAAGCAUCAUGACUGGUAACUUCACAGUCUCACCGAGAAAAGGAGAGACAUGGGCCAUUUUCAAGAACUGGGACAUUAUCAACUGGUCUUCAGAGCCAGACUCUCACCGCAGUUACGAGUACGACAUCGUUGAGAUCUUGUCCAACACCACUGAUGAAGGAGUAUCCGUUGCCGUCUUGCACAAGGCAAAAGGCUUUGCAAGUGUCUUCUUCCGAAUGGGAGAAGCAGACGUUAUUCAAAUCCCAUCUCAGAGUUUAUACCGUUUCUCUCAUAACAUCCUUUCCUUCAAAAUGAAAAGAGUUGAUAUAAAAGGUGUGCCGAAAGAUGCUUACGAGCUGGAUCAAGCUGCGUUACCUGAAACAAUCGAAGAGAGAGUUGUCCCUUGUCAUCUCUACGCAGAGACUAAACCGGAAGCUCUUUGCUUUCCCAACAAGGGAAAGGUUUUUCAAACAGGCCAGAUAUGGUCGUUCUACAGUGGUGGUAAUGAUGAUACGUUGCCUCUUCACUACUGUAGGAUUCAGAAGAUUACUCUUAUACAAGCGUUUGAGGAGGAAGCGGUGUUUAAACUACACGUGGGACGGUUAAAGGCUAAGCCUUUCAAUGGGGAAGUGAUCCAGUGGGAGGACAAGAGAAUGCCUGUUGGCUGUGGGACUUUCUUGGUGAGGAGAAUCAACGAUGUGAUUACUGCAGAUGAUGUUUCACAUCAGAUAGUGCCUCAAACCUCGUUGGAUGGAAGUGAAUACACCAUUCUCCCCAAGAUUGGGGAAGUUUGGGCUGUGUACAGAUCCUGGACUUGCCAGAAAGAGUUCAAGGAGGUGGGGUGCUGUGAGUAUGACGUUGUCGAAGUUCUUGAUGAUGACUUGGGGUACAAGGUUUUAGCUUUGGAGCAUGUGUUGUCUUCCGGUGAAGGUGAAGUGAAAAGGAUACUCUUUGGAGCAGCUGAGUGUAGGCAUACUGAUUGUGAUGGUGAGGAUGGGACAGAAGUGAUAUUCACAAUCCCAAAGUCGAAAAUUCUCAGAUUCUCUCAUCAGAUUCCUGCUUCUCGUGUAACAGAGGAGAUGCAGGGAGAGUUGAAAGAGUUUUUUGAAGUUGAUUGCAGAGCAUUACCUACAAACGUGAGGAGGGCUCAAGAUCAUUGAGGUUUAAGGGUCGUAGGUUCCUUUUUGUUAGCUUUUGGUGUGUUUUGUCAACAGUUAUGGUCUUGCCUUCUUGGAUUAAGAUCUAAAAAAUUCUCUUAUAAUCUGAUGCUAUUUUCGAGAUGAA